AAAAAGUCCAGAAGGAGCUGGAUGCCGUGCUGUGUCCUUCCCAUCUUCGGAAGAAGCUGCCUUACACCAACGCUGUGAUCCAUGAGAUCAUGCGCUUCGGGAGCAUUGUUCUAAUCACCAUUCCUAGGGAAGCGGUGAAGGAUACCACUGUUUUGGGGUAUCAUGUUCCAAAGGGCACUAUGAUUAUGGUAAACAUAGACUCGGCUCUUUCUGAUCCGGAAUACUGGGAGACCCCUCACCAGUUCAACCCUGGUCAUUUCUUGGACAAAGAUGGAAAUUUUGUGAUCCGAGAGGCCUUCUUGGCCUUCUCAGCAGGACACCGGAACUGUCUGGGAGAAGUGCUGGCGAAGAUGGAGCUUUUCAUCAUCUUCUGCAACCUGUUGCAGACGUUCAAGUUCACUCCACCAGAAGGAGUUAAGAAAGUCAACACAGACGUUGUGUUCGGGAGCACGAUGAAACCCCAUCCCUACCAGAUCUGUGCCGUUCCUCGCCAGGUGGCAGGGUAG